AGCUUCUGGAGGUCUCUGGGAGGAUUCCUGGCGUGCUGCAGAGGUCGUGGGAAAAGAGCGACACGAGCAGUUUCCCAGGGGACUGGAGUCCAACUUUCUGAGUUGAUUUCUGGGUGUUUUGGGAUCCCCGUGAGAACCUAGGUGAUGUUCAGUUGGAUGUCUAUAAUGUCUACUGAAAUGGCAAAAAGUCUUUUGACUACAUCUCUGUCUGCAAGGACAAAACUAUUACAAACAGGGGUGUCGCUUUAUAAUACAUCUCAUGGCUUCCACGAGGAGGAAGUGAAAAAGAUACUGGAGCAGUUUCCUGGUGGGUCCGUUGACCUUCAGAAGAAUCAGAAUGGCAUUGGCAUUCUCACUCUGAACAACCCCAACAAAAUGAAUGCCUUCUCAGGUGUCAUGAUGCUACAACUUUUGGAAAGGGUAAUUGAAUUGGAAAAUUGGACAGAAGGGAAAGGCCUCAUUGUCCGUGGUGCAAAAAAUACUUUUUGCUCAGGAUCUGAUCUGAAUGCUGUGAAAGCACUCUCCACCUCAGAGAAUGGGGUGGCCUUAUCUAUGUUCAUGCAGAACACCUUAACAAGAUUUAUGAGACUACCUUUAAUAAGCGUUGCUCUGGUUCAAGGCUGGGCAAUGGGUGGAGGAGCAGAAUUUACUACAGCAUGUGAUUUCAGGUUAAUGACUAUGGAGAGUGUGAUCAGAUUUGUCCACAAGGAGAUGGGCAUAGUUCCAAGCUGGGGUGGUGCCAGCCGGCUGGUUGAAAUCAUUGGCAGCAGACAAGCUCUCAAAGUGUUAAGUGGGACCCUCAAACUGGAUUCCAAGAAAGCUUUAAACAUGGGCUUUGUUGAUGAGGUCUUACAGUCUUCAGAUGAAGCUAAGGCUCUAGAAGAGGCACAAGAAUGGCUAGAGCAAUUUGUCAGUGGGCCUCCAGAAGUCAUUAGAGGUUUAAAAAAAUCCGUUUGUUCAGGAAGAGAGCUGUAUUUAGAGGAAGCAUUACAGAAUGAAAGAGAUGUUUUAGGAACACUGUGGGGUGGACCUGCAAACCUAGAGGCUAUUGCUAAGAGAGGGAAACAUACUAAAUAGUUUUUAAAAUAUGGGAGUACUACAAGUUGAAGCUUCAAUGAGAACAUGGAUGGAAGUGAAGUUAUAUUAAAAAUGAGCAGCAGAAUUCAUUUGAA